ACUAUAGAAAGCCAUGCUGAAGUAAUGUGAACUGACUACUAUGGAAAUUAAGUAUCAAUCAGUUAAUCAUAGAAAUAUGGAAUAUUUUAAAGCAUAAAUAUCUUUAAAAAAUGACAGACCAAUAAUUCAAUCGAUAUAAAAUCCGCAUUUUAUCUACAUAAUAAAUAAAUUGUACUUUCUUUAACACGAAUCAUGUGAUCGAUAAACAUAAGUAAAUAUUCAACAUGGAAUUAAAAUGUUUGUUUAUCAAAGAAAGCAACUAAUCUGCCUUGCAACAUUAUGUUUGUAUAUUUAUGGUAUGUUAUUAUUUGUGAUGACAACACAUGCAAUCGAGUUAUAUGAAAAUAAUUCAUUACAAUCUGAUCAUCAUCUUGUAGACUAUUUACGUGGAUCAGAACACUUCCGACCAUGUAUUGAACAAUCGGAUCCAAUACAUCCAACCGCUAAAAUGAUUAUUUGUAGAGAAGAUAUUACAUCACAGUUUGGCAAUAGAUUACCAAUAAUAAUUCAAUCCGAUAAUAACUAUUCAAUUAGUACUAUACAUAUUGAAAAUAAUCCCGAUAUUGAAAUAUGUACAUCUGGUACAUUUGAAAAUAUUAUGAAGAAUAAUCCUAAUGACAUAGCAACAUACCGUGGAAUUAUUGAACGUAAACUUAUUUUGAAAGGAUUAUCUUUGCACAUAUUUCAACAUGGAUGUUUUAAAGGUUUAUCUGAUCUGGAAGUACUUUAUAUUAGAAAUUUUUUCAGUGGAGAAUUGAAAAAAGUAUCUGGAAAUUUAUUUCAAGAAUUAAAAAAUCUACACAAUUUAAAAUCACUUCAUUUAGAAAAUAUUGAUAUGUCUAUUGGUAUACCACAGUAUGCAUUUCAUGGUUGGAUGAAACAUUUGGAAAUUAUAACCAUGAUAAACAAUAAUUUGAAUAGAAUACAUAAUGAAGCAUUUCCAUUUAAUAAUUUAGAAAAUAAACUCUUAAAAUUAAGAAUAGAACAACAAACUGGUGAUGGUUGGAAAUUAUUAGAAAAUUCUCAUAUAUGGGCAAAAUAUUUGUAUACAUUAAAAUUAUUCAGUUUGGAUGGAACAAAUUUACAAAGGACAAUAGGUAAUACACUGUCAUCAUCUGAUGAAACAAAUAUAAAAUCUAACGAAACAAUUUUAAACUUAAAUUUAGGUGAUUAUGUUAAUAGAAAUUUAGAACAGUUAAAUAUUCAAAAUUGUGGACUAACUAAUCUCAUUGACAAUAAUGAAAAUAAAGAUUUAUUUAGUUUAAACUUAUUUUAUUUAGGUAGACAAUUGAAGCAAUUAUACAUAGGUUUUAAUCAAUUUCCUAAUUUUAACUUUUUAACUGCUAUUAAAAAAUUUCAUCAUCUUCAAUUACUUAGCAUCAAUUCUAAUCAAAUACCAUUGGAGAAAUUACCUGAAACAUUUACUGUACAAUGGCCUUAUUUAGAAGAAUUACAAAUUACAUCAAUUGGUAUCAAUUAUAUACCAGAUAAUUCAAUAUCAAAUCAUUUAAAAGUAUUACAUUUAAGUGAAAAUCCUUUAGAAUUAUUUGAUAAGAACUGGAUUCAAUUACAUAAUAAUAAUAAUACUGUUAUAAAUGAAUCAAAAUUAAAUGAAUUACAUUUGAAUUCUAUACGUUUAAUAAGUGUUCAAUUAGAAAGUAAACAAGCGAAUUGGGAAAAAAUACUUCAACCAAUUAAAAAUAGUAUUGAACAUUUAAGUUUGAUUAAUUGCCAAUUAGAAUCCAAUAUGUUUAUUCCAUUUAUAUAUCAAAAGAAUGAAAGUGCCAAUCAAACGAUACAAGAAAAUAUAAAUGAACAAGUUUAUUUAAAUUUAGGUUUAACACAUUUGAAACAAUUAAAAAGUUUAAUAUUAUCUGGAAAUUAUUUAGAAUAUAUUCCACCAGGAUUAUUUGAGAAUUUACAUGAAUUAAAUAGUUUAGUAUUGACACAAAAUCAACUUCUAACAAUACAAGAAUAUCAUAUAGAAAAUGAAACUCAAGAAGAAUAUACAUCUAAUGAUAAAAUACAUCAUUUAUCACGAUUAGAUUUAAGUUAUAAUUAUUUGAUGACUAUGGAAAGAUGUGCAUAUGCAUUAGGUUUUAAAAAACCAUUUGAAAGUAUUAUCCCUUUGAAACCAACUUGGUUAAUUGAAAAAGAAUAUUACAAUGAUAAUCAAGAAUUAUCAAUUGAUAAUUUAGAUUAUGGAAUAUAUGAAUCAAAUCAAAUUUAUUGGUUAGGUGGUUUAAAUAUUAUUGGAAAUCCUUUUGUAUGUGAUUGUCGAUUAGCAUGGUUUCGACAUUUUAUUAAUCAAAUGAGUAAACAAUUUAUACAAAGUAAACAGUCACAGAAACAACAAAAAUUGAUUACAACAACUAAUAUUGCGUUUGGAUUUCAAAAAUAUUUAAAUGAAGCAAUCAACUUCACAUGUUAUGGAAAAAAUCAAUGGACUGGAAGAAGUUUUUUAACAUUAACACCAAAUGAUCUUUACAUGGAAGAACAUGUUGAUUGUAAAAUUAGACCAGAUAUUUAUGGUAAAGAUAUGAAAUCGUUAGAGAUAUUAAAACCAUGCUGGAAAUUGAAUAAAACACAAAGUCCUAAUUUAGAAGAAAUUUUACAAACACGACAAGAUAUGAUACUUAGUGGUGGAGUUGGAAGUACAUUAUACAAUAGCCCAUCAAUUAUACUGGAGAAUGCAACAACAAUAUCGAAUGAAGCAUACACUUUAAUUAUUUUAGCUGGAAUAGCUGCGUUAUGUUUUAUAAUCAUCAGCAUUAUCAUUAUUAUUUGGUUAUGUAUACGAUUAAAACGAAAUACACAUCACAAAUACAUGAUAUCAUCAUCCAUCAAGCAUAGAAAACUCAUUAAUAAACGAUUAAAUAAAGUAAGUGAAUCACUUAAAAAACAUGAAUGUUAUUCUUUAUCUUCCAGUUGUAAUUUAUUUACAUCAUGUAGUAAUUGCACAAAUAAUAGACGACAACAAUGUUCAUUUUGUGGUUGCACAAUGAAACAUUUACCUUGUAUUUCAAAAACAAAUGAAACUGGUCACCAAUUAGUGAGACCAAAAUCACAUAGAAGGGAAGAUAGUAAUGAAACACAAAACAGUAUUUUUGCAAAUCAUGCAAAUAAUGUACAAAAUUUGAGUAAUCAAAGUAUUACUGAUUUAGAAACACAAUCGUUGAAUCGAAUUAUCAACAUUAAUGAUACCGAUAAGGAAUCUAUAUUUAAGAGUAAAACACAGAGAAACCGAGAAAGAAAAAGAUCUAAUAUUGUUGAAUCGAAUCGUGCUUCUGAAUACUCCGAUGAUGAUAAAAAAUCAAUUUUACAGGUAAGAAAACAUAGUCAACCAGAUUUAUUAGUUAAUUCUCAUCUGCGGGCACGGAAUAGUCAGAGAAGCACUUAUAUACAUGGAAAACCUUUACAGGCGAGUGCAAGUGUUCAAACUCUUUUACAGAUUGAUAAUAAUCAGUCAGUGAGAGCACACAGACAGCCACCUGAUGCUCUACUGCCACCGUUACCUGCACCACGUAAAAGUAGAAGUAUAGGAGAUUUAUAUCAGAAUACAAGGAUUGAAUUACCAACACAUUCAUCAACCGGAAUGAUUCCAUUUAAUCUACGAAGAAGCGCUAAACAAUUAGCCAAGAAGAAGAUGGAAGAGCAAUCAAUGCAACAACCGACAGAAGCGCCAAUUAAUUUAUUAAGACAUUAUGAUACGAAAAAGAAACGUUCUCCUGUAUCGACUGGUAGCAUUCGUCGUAGUGCCCUACCAUGGAGAGACAAGAGUCUAGAUAAUAGUGAUUUUGCAAGUAUAAAGGCUGGAAAAUCCAUACUAACAAGUAGUAGAGCAAGCUUAAAAGGUGUAUUUAGAAGAACUAGAUUAAUAGUUUCAGCACGAGCUAGACUAGAGAAUAAUGAGAAGAGUAAUAUAAACUUAAGAAAUAACUGGUUGUCUGCAAGUCGACGUAAAAUUGAACAAACAUGUAAAUGGUUGAAACGUGAUCGAAUGUCAAAGAGAGACAGUCAUCCACUAUCAACACCAACACAACAGGAACCACGACAAGUGCACAGUGAAAUUGAUGUGAAAUUUCUAGGUCCUGAAUUGCCGAAACCUUUUUUCUUAUUACCUAAAGAGCCUGAAUAUGCUACACCAUUCAUAGAACCAGAGCAUAUCAAACAACAUACAGAUUAUCUACCAAUGUACCAUGAUAAGUACAUUGAUAAUAAGUCAAUAAUUUUGUCAUCCAAUGAGACAACAAGGGAAUCAGUCAGUAAUCAAAUGAAAUCAAUCACUAAAAAAUUACCAAUUGACGAAUACGUCACUGACUUAAUACAUAUUGAGCCGAUAAAUUAUCCCAAUAUGAUAUUAAUGAAUCCAUUCAAUUCAACGCCGCAACAACAACUACCUCCGAUUGCUUCAGUAAAACCGCCACCUACAAACACUUUGAAUACUAUUAAUAAUAAUAGUACUAGCACACUACCACAUCCUGCUUGUAGUAAUCAACUAACUGGGAAUAAUAAUAAUAAUAUUAUUGAUAGUAAUGAUAAUAAUAAUAAUAGACCAAUGCGACCACCAAGACAUCAAAAGCUUAAAAUAACAGGGGAUAAUACAUACAGCAUUCAAACAUUUUCCGAUAACAAAACUAACAAUAAAAGUAAAAACAAUAAUUCUACAAGAGGAUCAGAGUUGAAUAAAAACAAAAAAUCUGAAAAAUAUUGGCCACUAGAUUAUGAACUGCCAUUACCACCACCGCCGCCACCUCCACCAUUCAUUUUAAACGACAAAUCAAAAUUAAUCAAAUCGAAUGUUAAUAAAAUAUUAACGGAUAUUGAGUCAAAUAAAGAUAAUACUGAAGUGAACAAUAAUGUGAAUAGUUUAACUCUUCAUUCAUCUUUGCCUCCUUUCUCAACAUUGACACUACAACCAUCACUGAAAUCAAAAACUAUAAAUGUUAAACCAUUAAGAAGUGCCAGAUUUCCACAGUCUACAACAACAACAACGAUGAAAGAAGAUAAUCAUUCGAAGUUGAAUUUUACUGUUGAACAAAAUAACAAUAAUAGUAAUAGUGUGAAUAAUACUAAUUACAAACUCAUUGAGAAUGCCCUAAAGAAACCAACCCAAAACAAAUGA